UAUCCGGAUGGAGGGGCAAGUGACUAGAGGAGGUCAUCGUUUGCUAGUCACCGCCCCCCACGAUAACGCGACUGGAGAUGGAAGGUACGAAGCUUGUGGGGAUCAUCGGAGAUGAAGACACCGUGACUGGGUUCAUCCUGGCCGGCGUGGGGCAUCGCUCUCCCGAAGGAACCAACUUUCUUGUCGUCAAGCAGAAUACGCCCGUCUCGGUGAUUGAGGACGCAUUCAAGCGACUCUCGACUCGCGACGACAUUGCCAUUAUCUUGAUCAACCAACAUAUCGCCGAAGAAAUUCGCCACCUUUUGAACUCAUACGAAAAGACGAUCCCGACCAUCUUGGAAAUCCCGAGCAAGGACAUGCCGUACGAUCCUGCAAAAGACUACAUCAUGAAGCGCGUCAACAUGAUGCUCGGAGAAGGGCAAUAGUGUAUCGGAAGCAUACCCACCAUGUAUUGAAUGCUAUGCUUUGCGCAUCUUGUGUCGCGC